GCACCUAUAAAAUCAACCAAUCUCGUUUUAACCCCAAACCAGAAGAAGAAACAAAAAUCGAAAUUCUCAUCAAUAGCAAAAAAAAAAUUACUCUUAGAUUUUCCUCAAAAACCUUAAUCAAUCGCCGGGAAAAUGAAUAUUCCGGUGACUAUUUCCUCCAUUACUGUUUCUAAUAACGCUGUUUCCGACAAUCGUCGUCAUGUUUCCCGUGAAAAUCGUCAGCGUUAAGAAAACCGUCACUUAUAUUUUUUUUUCUUUUCUUCUUCGUUUUUGUGAAGAUGAUGAUCCACUGAUUUGAGAGUAGUAGCUUGAGAGGUUUUUAGUAGAUUUCGAUUUUGCGAUUAUUUUUGUUUCCUGGAGAGAUCUCAUUUUUUUGCCACUUCCGAUGAUGAAGAUCCAGCCGAUUAACAACGAUUUGCCGGCGAAUAGAGUGGAAUCAUCAACCAAACCAGUGCUUAAGUCUCGUCUCAAGCGUUUAUUAGAUCGACCGUUCACGAGAAUCUCAAACUCAGAGAAAUUACUCAUCUCUGGAGAUGGAGUCGUCGCUGGAACAGAGUUCGAGCCAAGCUUAGCGAAAAUGGUUCAAAACUAUAUGGAAGAAAACAACGACAAGCAAACAAAGAAUGGUCGCAAUACUCAUCGUUGCAAUUGUUUUAACGGGAACAAUGAUAUCUCCGACGAUGAACUCGAUUUCUUCGAUUAUGACAAUUUCAAGAGUUUGAUUCAAUGCGGAAGCUUCGUUGAGAAGAGUCUUUUAGUGGAAGCUACGAAGAUUAUAGAGAAGAACAAAUCAGUUAAAAGAAAAGACGAAUUGAGAAAGAUUGUUGUUGAUGAACUCUCAUCUCUUGGUUACGACUCUUCAAUUUGUAAAUCGAAAUGGGAUAAAACUCGUUCUAUACCGGCCGGUGAGUAUGAGUAUAUAGAUGUGAUUGUGAACGGAGAGAGGUUGAUAAUCGACAUUGAUUUUAGAUCGGAGUUUGAGAUCGCAAGGCAGACGAGUGGUUACAAGGAGUUGCUUCAAUCUCUACCGUUGAUUUUCGUCGGAAAAUCUGAUAGGAUUCGUCAGAUUGUUUCUAUAGUUUCGGAAGCGUCAAAACAGAGCUUGAAGAAGAAAGGUAUGCAUUUCCCGCCGUGGAGAAAAGCUGAUUACAUGCGCGCUAAGUGGCUAUCUUCCUACACUCGAAACUCCGGCGAAAAAAAGCCGACGGUUACUUCUGCCGCGAAAGUCGUAGCUGAACCGGAGCUAGAUUCUUCGGAGAUUGAGCUGAUUUUCGAGGAGAAGGUCUUGUUGCCGCCAUUGAAGUCUCCGAUUACGUCUGUUGGUAGAGAUGAUGAUGACGUGGCAGAGUCAGUGAAGAAAGAAGCAAAGGUCGUCACGGGAUUAGCUUUACUGUUCAAAGAAAAUCACUAAACAAAAAAAUUCUAAUUUUUCUAUUUUCGGGUUAAAAAGUUAAAACAUUAAAUAUUUUUCUUCUUUUCUGACCUCUUUACUUUUUUUUUAACCCAAUUUUCAAGAGGUUAUUAUUAGUUUACUAAUGUUUGCUAGUCCAUGUAAAACAGUAAAAGUAACAGAGAAAUGUUAUUACUGGAUAUCAGUACUUAUCUUGGUAAACGUUU